CUGUGUACUCUUUGAUUAUUGGUAAUGUGACAGAUGUUUGUAAACAGUUUAUCCUAAUUUUUCCACAUUGUAAUAUACUUUUAAAUACAUUAUAAACUUACACAACCAAAAUUUAAACGGUUUAUUAGAAGUGAAUGUAUAAAUCUAGGAGUAGACUUUUAAAUUAAAUAUAACCUCACUCCUAUGAGCAAUGGAGCAAGAUAAAUCACAAUCUAUUGGUAAAAUUUGUAUACCAGGCAUGAGAUUAUGUACAGCAACUAAAGAUCGCAUCGGUGGGCCAGGUACAAACGUCCUCCAAGGUUACAUAUAUGCUACAUUGGCAGGCAUAUUAAAAUCGAUCGAAGACAAAGAAAAGAAGGUUACAAUCAUAUCUGUAGAAAGUCCAACAACACCAAGUAUCCUGCCGAAACCGGGAGAUGUGGUCACAGCAAAGGUGACUGUUGUGAAUUCCCGUCUUGUUCACUGCAUAAUACUAUGUGUAGGUCCACACCUGGUCAGACCAUAUAGAGGGGUCCUCAAGAAAGAAGAUAUCAAAUCAACGGAUAAAGAUAGAAUUGAUCCAUAUAAAUGUUUCAGACCUGGAGAUGUUAUUUUAGCUAAAGUUCUUCCCUUGACAGAGAUUCAUUGGUACCAUCUUACAACAGCUGAAAAUGAACUUGGAGUUGCCAUAGCAACAGCAGAAGGCUCACCUCAAGGUGUCAAUAUGGUACCCAUAAAUUGGUCUGAAAUGCAGUGUCCAAAGACACUAGUAAAAGAGCCACGGAAAGUGGCGAGGAUUCUUCCAGAUUACUUUGAUCAAAACCAAGUAAUUUCUUACACAGAUGCAGAAAAUGAUACAAAAUUAGUGAAUGGUACUAAAUAACAAUAAACUAUAAGUAUUAA